GAGCAAAGAUCAAAUUCGUCACCGCUGUCUCAGUGGGGUUUUCAGUUCUCAGGCAGGCGCAACUGGAACGCAGCGAGGGACUUGCAGAGAUACAGACACUGUUACCCGGGUUUGAUAGAAUCGGAAAAUGAGGAGGAAGAAGAGAUGUGGAACUUGAGCUUUUAUAAAAAUGAGAUUUCUUUUUUGCCCCAGGGUUUGCCUAUUGAAACUCUGCUUGAACGUUGGUGGGACAACUAUGAAAUUCUGGAAGAAAACCAUUCAUACAUACAGUGGCUGUUCCCUUUACGUGAACAUGGGAUGAACUGGCGUGCCAAACCACUCACGUGUCAAGAAAUCCAGGCCUUUAAGAAGUCCAAGGAGGUUAUGCAAAGGCUUAUACGUGCUUAUCAGCUCAUGCUGAGAUUUUAUGGAAUCAUUUUGACCAACGAGGAAACUGGAGAACUUAAGAGAGCAGAGAAUUGGGCUGAACGAUUUCAAAACUUGAACCGGUACAGCCACAACAAUUUGCGGAUUACUCGCAUCCUGAAGUGCCUGGGGGAGAUGGGAUACGAAGACUAUCAAGUGCACUUGGUGAAGUUUUUCCUAACAGAAACUCUUGUUAAGGAGACGUUACCAAAUGUCAAGAGAAGUGCCUUGGACUACUUUCUGUUCACCAUCAGAAGCAAACAGAAGAGAAGAGAAUUAGUCCACUAUGCUUGGCAACACUUCAAACCUCGAGGCAGCUUCGUGUGGGGGCCACACGACAAACUCCUGAAGUACAGACCACGCUCUGCCAAGACACGGCCGCACCAAAAGGCUGAAGAUAAACAGGAAGCACCUGGUAAAAUGUGUGACAGCUCUGUGGAAAAGGAUCAGAACUGGGCUCUAGAGGAAGAAGAGAAGGCUGGAGAUGCUGCAGGCUUGCAGCCUGAAGUGAAUGAUGAAAAUCUAAAAGAGAAGAUAAGCGAAUGUGUUUUGGAGGGAGGAGAUGGUGACAAGGAGAGAGAGGCUUCGUUUACCCAGCAGGAGGAGAAGGAUUUAAACAGCAAGGCUGAAGAAAUCCAAGGUACAGGAGAUGGUGACAAUGAGAGAGUUCAAGGUACAGCAGAAAAUGAUUGCACCAAGGAGAGCAAGAAGAGAAAACUGGAUGCAAAUAUGGCAGAUGCAAAAAAGAGUGGACCAUCAAAAAGCUCUACUGAUAUUGAAAACAUUUCCCGUAAUCUGGGAGAAUGUGCAAUUGAUGCAGAAAAUCCUUCCUCAGUUCAACUCUUACAGGCAGAAGAGGACCAGGAAAUGCCAAAAGAAGAUGAUGCAAGCACCAAAGACUCAGCAGCGCCAGAGACCGCUGAUGCAGCUGUAAAACGGAGGAAAGUUGAUAAAAGACCACCGAGAAGCAAAACAUUCAACUUGGCCAUAAACCUGAACAUGGGGCCCUCUGCCUCUGGAGCCAAGUUAAAUCCAUCUGUUGCAAACGCUGAAAAAGAAAAUGUCAGUGAGAAAAACACAAGUGUGGAAGUGCUAAGUGAGAAGGGUGGUGGUGAUGCAAAUGGUGGGGCUGAGAGACCCCUGGUUGGUUCCAGGCUCCCUAAGACUGGCUGGACUUCAGUAAGUGAUGGUUUGGAGUCAAGUGAAGAUCAAGUCACAGCAAGCAGUGAUCAGCACCACUGUAACAGCAACGUCCCGGGAGGCAAAAGUGAGGUAGAUGGGGUAGAACAACAUAAAAAGGCAGAAGAUACAAGUGAAAAAGGGCAAGCAGAAGUCGCAGGCAAGAAACAACUUCCAGAUGGUCUUGAGCAGAGCAUGGCACCCACUUGUCCUGAAGACGACAGUGCUGAGGUUGCAACACAAAAACCUGAAAGCUCUGAGCGUGCAGCAGAACCUGAUGAAGAGCAGGUCGCAGCAGAGUGA